AAACUCUUCUCUAUCAUGAACCCCUUGGCCUCAAUCGCCCAAACAACAAACUCGAUACGGCAAGCAAAGUGACACAAAAGCGUUGUAUGUGUGUCAGUCCAAUACUCGCAGCGGCCCCACUUUCUCCCAAGUCUUCUUGUUUCUAUCUCGGUCAUCCUUAUCUAUUCUGCAUAAUCAAAAUCACUAAAUCAGUAGAGACUAGAGAGAGGAUUCUAAUAAGCUCUGUUUCAGAGCAAUGGCGGAGAUAGGGAAGACAGUGCUGGAUAAAGGGUGGUUAGCGGCUCGAUCCACUGAGGUUGCCCUCACUGGAGUGCAGCUCACCACCAGCGACCCACCCUCCAUUGCCGAUCCCACCUCCCCUUGGAUGGAAGCCGCCGUUCCCGGAACUGUUCUGGGAACUCUUUUAAAGAACAAACUAAUACCGGAUCCUUUCUAUGGGCUACAAAACGAGGCCAUCUUGGAUAUUGCUGAUUCAGGAAGGGAAUACUACACUUUUUGGUUCUUCACAAGCUUUGAAUGCAAGCUGUCAAAUAACCAACAUGCGGAUCUAAAUUUCCGGGCUAUAAAUUAUUCUGCUGAGGUAUAUUUGAAUGGACACAAAGAGGUCCUGCCGAAGGGAAUGUUUCGAAGACAUUCAAUUGAUAUUACUGAUAUUCUGAAUCCAGAUGGUCAAAAUCUGCUUGCAGUGAUUGUUUACCCUCCUGAUCAUCCUGGAAGGAUUCCUCCUGCAGGUGGUCAAGGUGGUGAUCAUGAGAUUGCGAAAGAUGUUGCUGCACAAUAUGUUGAAGGAUGGGAUUGGAUGACUCCAAUCAGGGAUAGGAAUACUGGAAUCUGGGAUGAGGUGUCCAUUACAGUAACAGGGCCAGUGAAGAUUGUGGAUCCUCACUUGGUAUCUUCAUUCUUUGAUGAUUACAAAAGGGUAUAUCUGCAUACCACAACUGAGUUGGUUAAUAAAAGUGCCUGGGAAGCUGAGUGUUCUUUAAACAUCCAAGUGUCAACUGAACUUGAAGGAAAUAUGUGCUUGGUUGAGCAUCUUGAGACACAGAAAGUGUCUCUUUCUCCUGGAGCACAUGUUCAAUAUACAUUUCCUCAGCUAUUUUUCUACAAACCAAGUUUGUGGUGGCCUAAUGGCAUGGGGAAGCAAUCUCUGUACAAUGUUGAAAUAACUGUUGAUGUGAAAGGUUAUGGAGAGUCUGACAUGUGGAGCCACCAUUUUGGCUUUCGCAAAAUUGUGAGUACUAUCGAUAGUUCUACAGGUGGAAGACUGUUUAAGGUCAAUGGGCAGCCUAUAUUUAUUCGUGGUGGUAAUUGGAUUCUCUCAGAUGGGUUAUUACGGCUUUCAAAGGAAAGAUACAAGACAGAUAUCAAAUUUCAUGCUGAUAUGAACUUCAAUAUGAUGCGUUGCUGGGGUGGAGGGUUGGCCGAAAGACCAGAUUUUUAUUACUACUGUGAUUUAUAUGGCUUGCUGGUUUGGCAAGAGUUCUGGAUUACUGGAGACUGUGAUGGACGAGGUGACCCUGUGUCAAAUCCAGAUGGUCCAUUGGACCAUGAACUGUUCUUGUUUUGUGCAAGGGACACUGUCAAGCUGUUGAGGAAUCAUCCCAGUCUCGCUUUGUGGGUUGGGGGAAAUGAACAAGUUCCACCUUCUGAUAUUAAUGAAGCUUUGAAGAAUGACCUACAACUGCACCCAUAUUUCGAGAAUUCCAAUGGUGGUGAGACAUCAAAAGAACAUACGCCGGUGACGAAGGAGCCAAGCGAAUAUCUUGACGGUACUCGUGUUUACGUGCAAGGAUCUAUGUGGGAUGGAUUUGCAGACGGGAAAGGAAACUUUACUGAUGGUCCUUAUGAAAUCCAGAAUCCCGAGGACUUCUUCAAAGAUGACUAUUAUGAAUAUGGGUUCAAUCCCGAGGUUGGUUCUGUAGGGAUGCCAGUGGCAGCUACUAUCAGAGCAACAAUGCCUCCGGAGGGGUGGCAGAUUCCUUUGUUCAGAAAACUAUCAGAUGGCUAUGUAGAGGAAGUCCCCAACCCAAUAUGGGAGUACCACAAAUACAUUCCAUAUUCUAAACCAGAAAAGAAGGUCCAUGACCAGGUUUUACUAUAUGGGACAUCAAAUGAUCUCGAUGACUUUUGUCUCAAGGCACAAUUAGUCAACUAUGUUCAAUACAGAGCUCUGCUAGAAGGUUGGACCUCCCGAAUGUGGACAAAGUAUACAGGUGUUUUGAUAUGGAAAACUCAAAAUCCAUGGACAGGCCUAAGAGGCCAGUUCUAUGAUCAUCUUCAUGAUCAAACAGCAGGAUUCUAUGGCUGCCGCUGUGCUGCAGAACCUGUUCAUGUUCAGCUAAAUCUAGACACAUACUUUAUAGAGGUGGUAAAUACUACCUCUGAACAACUUUCUGAAGUUGCAAUUGAAGUCUCCGUUUGGGAUCUGGAUGGAGAAUGUCCAUACUACAAAGUCUCCGAAAAGCUUACAGUGCCACCCAAAAAAACGAUGCCAGUUUUCGAGAUGGAGUACCCAAAGCAGGAGAAUGCCAAGCCAGUUUACUUUCUUCUUCUCAAGUUCUACAACGUGUCAGAUAAUGGCAUAUUGUCACGGAACUUUUACUGGCUGCACCUCUCUGGUGGUGAUUAUAAGCUUUUGGAACCUUACAGGGCGAAGAAAAUACCAAUCAAAAUAACUUCUCUGACUUUCAUUAACGGGUCUAGGUAUGAAAUGCGGUUGCACGUUCAGAACACAUCGAAGAAGCCGGAUUCCAGAACUACACUCCAUGAAAACAAUUUCGUUACAAUAAAUGGCGGCUGUGAUUCAGAACCAGCUGAUUAUCUCACCGGGGGGAGAAAUGAAAUCAGUUCAUUUAAGAAGCUGUGGAGGAGCAUUAUCGGAGACCACAGCAAUGUGAAGGUUUCUGAAAUUAACGGAACUGAAGCAGGGGUUGCUUUCUUCCUUUAUUUCUCGGUUAAUGCUGCAAAGAAGAGCGUCAAGGAAGAGGAGGACACACGCAUUCUUCCUGUUCAUUACUCGGAUAACUAUUUCUCACUAGUACCGGGCGAAUCAAUGAAGAUAACGCUCUCGUUUGAAGUACCUCCAGGCGUAACCCCACGAGUCACGCUCCAUGGCUGGAACAACCAGGCCUUGCAGAUAGUUCAUUGAAUCCAAAAUCACACCCUAUCCACUGCCCAGGUAAAUAAAGUUUACUUGUUAUAUUCAGAAAUAAGAAUGCAUGUUAAGGCCACAUAUGUAUGUAUACUAUAUGUCUAACUAGGAUCUAGUCAUAAGUCUUAUGUCGUUUGAUUGAUCGAACUAAGCCCGAAUCACCCCAAAUACUAUUGUGAUUAUGUUGUAUGUUAGAUUGUUAGUAAAACUUGAUGAUAUUGAUGUCAAAGUUUAGAUGAGUAUGUGUAGUGUUGUUUUGGAUUCAUUUGUGUAGUCUAUAUUAAUAUUA